CGCUGAGAGAUGACAGAGCCAAUCUCAGCGCACACACGGCCCUGGGAGCUUGGAGCUGCGUAGAGCCGCCGCACCAAAGACACGGAGACGCGCAGCACCCUUUUUUUUUUGAUUUUGUGCGAAAAGGGACUUAAAGCCGUGAAUUAAGGGAGUUUUGCUUUUUUUUUUUUUUCAUCCUGUCCGCGCCUUCUCAAUCAGUCCGAACGUGGCCAUUUGCUCAAUGUCAUCAUGAUCAUCUUCUCGUCGCGCAGUGUACUGCUGUCAGUCUACUAUCCACAGAUCUUCCUGAUCCUGACGAGUGGCAGCUACCUGGCCCUGUCCUCGGUGGUGGCUCUGGGUGCCAACAUCAUCUGCAACAAGAUUCCCGGGCUGGCACCUCGCCAGCGGGCCAUCUGCCAGAACCGCCCGGACGCCAUCAUUGUUGUGGGUGAAGGCGCCCAGAUGGGCAUCAAUGAGUGUCAAUACCAGUUCCGAUAUGGACGCUGGAACUGUUCGGCGCUGGGAGAAAGGACAGUCUUCGGUCAGGAGCUGCGAGUAGGCAGUCGGGAAGCAGCGUUCACCUACGCCAUCACGGCGGCAGGGGUGGCCCACGCUAUCACAGCGGCGUGCAGCCAGGGCAACCUGAGCCAGUGCGGCUGCGACCGGGAGAAGCAGGGGUAUUACAAUCAGGAGGAAGGCUGGAAGUGGGGAGGCUGCUCGGCUGACAUCAAGUACGGCAUCGAGUUCUCCCGUCGCUUCGUGGAUGCCCGCGAGAUUAAAAAGACCCCACGCCGUCUGAUGAACUUGCAUAACAACGAGGCGGGGAGAAAGGUUCUAGAAGAAAGGAUGAAGCUAGAGUGCAAGUGCCAUGGCGUCUCGGGCUCCUGCACCACCAAGACCUGUUGGACUACACUUCCCAAGUUCCGCGAGAUUGGCUACGUACUCAAGGACAAGUACAACGAAGCCGUGCACGUGGAGGUAGUCCGGGCUAGCCGACUGCGCCAGCCCACCCACCUCAAGGUGAAGCAGACUCAGGGCUACCGAAAGCCCAUGGAGACGGACCUUGUCUACAUCGAGAGGUCACCCAACUACUGCGAGGAGGACGCAGCCACAGGGAGCGUGGGCACCCAGGGACGCCUGUGCAACCGCACUUCGCCACAUACAGACGGCUGCGACCUUAUGUGCUGCGGCCGGGGCUACAAUACACACCAGUACACCAAAGUGUGGCAGUGCAAUUGUAAGUUCCAAUGGUGCUGCUUCGUCAAGUGCAACACAUGCAGUGAGAGGACGGAGGUGUUUACCUGCAAAUAAGGACGUGAGGAACUCAGUGCCAGGAAUUGAGGCGCAAAGGACUAGCUGAAUGAGGAAGACCUGAGAGAGCGAGAUAAAUGUGUGACUUGGAUCAGUGAGAGAUUUUGAAAUAAAGGAAUGGAAUUUACACUAUCAGCUCUUCAUGGCAUCGUUUUGCACAGCAGAAUCUAUCUAAUUGCUUUUCAGAAAGUAAAUGCUAAAUAUCAGUAGGUAAUACCCCAGAACUUUACUGUCACAUAGAGGUUAUGCUCAUGUACUGAUGUAUCCACAGUGAAGUUGGGACCACAGGUAAUGAAUGAGGCCCUCGGUGGGAACUGUGCUUUGCACUCUGGGAUUUGUAACUGUUAAAUUGACAAGAGACUCGUGCAUGGAGAAGAAACACAGUAACCUGGGAGUUGAUCAAAAUGACAGCAGCUGAUGAUGGGUGACUGAGAGAGAUAUGUCAAGUCUUCAUUGAAAACCUUUAAGGGUUUUGUUGUAUUUUCACUAAAGGGGAAAGAAAAAGUGAAUCUUGACAUGAAUAACCCCCCAAACUGACUGGGGCUUAUGUUGGAGGUUUGCAGAAAUGAAGAACAUUUUGUAAGUAUGGUGCGUUGGGGUGCGCCAAAAUCUGAGUGGAGAACUCUGUUAAACCCUCUGCUGCCAACUGGAAUAUGGUGGAGUAUGUUAGUUUUCCAGUCACACUGGAACUGUCUGUUCUGAACACUGAAAAUAAAUUGUUUAUUUAUGUUAUAGUAUCUUAAAACGAAGCACUAACGGGUAGAGAUGUCUUUUUUUGUACUAAGUGUAAAGAAAAAUACUUUUUAGAAACUCUGACUGAAGAUGUGUGUCUAUUAGAAAAUGACCCCCCAAUCCCCAAAACACCUCAUCUUUUCUUAAAAAAAAGAAAGAAAAAAAAAGGUUUCAUUGCUACUGGUGUGAUGACAACAAAAGACAUCAUUACAGUGUGUUUCACAUUCAAACACCUUGGUUCUAUUGUAGCGUAGAUUGUUUGCAAUCCUUUUUUCCCCAAGCAGUAACAUCUAUUUGGAUGCCUUUGCCAUUUCAGUUAAGAGACCGUAGCAAGAAAACUCGUUUAACUGCAGAGAUCCUUCCUCAAUUCAUUAAACAUGAAACUGAUAUGUUGCUGGAUGUGUUGUCGAGUGCUGCACUGAUAUUUUUUAUUCAGAUACGACUCAUGAGAACUAAAUAAACUCCCAUUUGACUCAGUUUGGCAGUUCAUUGCUAAAAUAUCAACUGAAGUUGAACCUUAAUUCAUUUCAAAAAUAUCUAUAAAGCUGUGGUCAGUGGCGUGACUAAUACAACUAUACAGCCAUGCAUAUAAUAGCAGUGAUAACCAAACCUAUAGAAGAGAUUAUUAUUAUUAUUGUUAUUAUUUAGCCUGAUAUGCUGCCAGACAAGUCUUUAUCAGGUUUUUCACUUAAUACAAGGCAACAAUUUGGGUCUGAUUCACACUCACUUGUUCUCAUUAGAGUUAUAGAGGAAUUUUUACUCCUGAUUAGAUUAGCUCUGUUCUGCCACAACAAUAAAGGUGAAUUCAGUUUAUUUCAACUUGGAUCUUAUUUUAGAUUUGGAUAUCAUUUCUAUCAGUAAUGACAACAUUGUACUCACUAAGGUAAUUGUUGAGAGCUGGGAACACACUGAUACAGCUAAAUUGGAUGAGGUAAAAUCAAAAAGUGAGAUGAUGAGAAAAUUGAGAAAGGUUGAAAAACAAGCCAACAGUUUAGACAGAUCAUCUAAACCACUUUGUUGCUAAAGAGUGCACAACAAUAACAACCACAGCUGGUGAAAGUUGAAUCAUUCUGUCAACUGUGAUGAAUGUUAUCAUUAGAUAGCCUGGACAAUAAUUUCACUGUUUGCCUUUGUUUUUUCUUCUUGCAAAUACGUUUUGCUAGCCUUUUUAGAGAUGUCUCAGCAUCCUCAGACCAUUGAUAUUAAAAUCGGUAAGUACAAUGUGUUCAUAACUGAUAGGAAGGUUGGCCGGAGCUAAUAAAAAUUAGUUAAGUGCUGUAACUAUUUCUUGAUGAACAACAGUACCUCUGCAGUGACAACAAGACUCCAGAAAGUCAGUCUAUCCCGAUGUUGUUCUCCAAGAAGAUUGUUAAAGCAUUUAACUCCCUGUAAAACCAUAUAUUUUUGUUUUUACAUGCCUUUGUAUGAAUUGGACAAAAGUGAUACAUUGUGUUUAAUAUUAGUAAACUUUAAAGGUGUUGGUAGGUGUAUUUUUUUUAACUUUGGAGAGAUUCCAGCUAGCUGUUUCACACUGCUUUCAGUUUUUAUGCUAAGCUAAGCUAAGCUAAUUGCCUUCUGGCUCUAGCUCUAAAUGUGAUUCACAGAUAUGAGACUGGUAUCGAUCCUUUCGUUUAAGUGCUGGCAAGAAAGUGAAUAUAAGCGUUUUCACAAAAUGUUGAAUUGUUCCUUUAAUACAUGCAGCGUGAAAGAGGCUAAAUAAUCGGCUAUAGGCUAACACUUCACUUUGGGCUGAGAAUGUGCAGUGCUUUGGGGCACUGCAAGUUAUAACCACUUUGUUUUGUUUUGUUUUUUUUCAAUAUUUGCGUUGUUGCCGUCUAUUCAGCUUUAAUCUACAGUGCCGCAUUGUUCCGAGGUCAUGUGAGGUUUACAGACUAUAUAGGCCAGUUUAUCUUUUGGUUUACAUACUAAUUAAUAAGUUUAGAAUGUAUUAUAAUUUUUGCACAUUUAUGAUAACCACAUAUUUUAGAGAUCUAGAGACCGAUGAAGCCGAGUCGUGCACUUCGCAUGAUUAGUGCUGUUUAGUUUAGUAUUAUCAGUUUUAACUUAUUUUAUUUCAGUAGAGGUGCUACUCAGAUGGAUCGAGGACAGUUGUCAUGUAAAUGGUUUUGCAUAUUUACUCAGUAAAAGUAACUUAUUGAUAUAACAUAUCUAGCAUAUAGUCUCAUUCUGACAUUCAUGUUUUUCUUCUGAAAUAGAUUAAAAUAAAUCCAAUUGCAGGCAUU